AUGGAGAAUACACGCGAGAUACUAGCAGGGGUAAUGUCGUUCGUCUCAUGGAAGAACUUGGCCUUGCUUCUGGCAGUGAUUAACUUGAAAAAUCUCCCAUUUGCCUGGCAUUUCCGCCUGUUGUAUCACUUUAUAAACAACCUGCGUUUGAAACCCAGUGCGCCACUUCUCCCCAAGGGGAGAGUUAUCGUGGACUCCCUAGGCAAACCAACGCACCCAAUUUUUGUACCAUGCAUGGUCACAUCUCGCACACCGUUGCUAGAGACUGAUUACAAUCUGCACAAAUCCAACAGCACUUAUUUCACGGAUCUGGACGUUUCACGUACAGCGCUCGUGACCAGAAUUUACAGUCCUGGAGUGGGCAAUGUGAGCAAGGAGCUAGACCAGGAGUUCCUAGCCGUAAGCAAGAAAGAGGGAAAGCCGGCGCCGAGGCGCAAACCCAUUUUGAUUGUGCUUGGAUCUGUUUACUGCACAUUCAAGCGUGAAAUUAAGCCAUUCGAACUAUAUGAGAUGCACUCCAAGGUCCUCUCUUGGGAUGCAAAGUGGCUGUACGUCUUGACCUGCUUCAUGCGACCUGCACGCAGUGGCGGUGAAAAGGUUGUCCUUGCUGUGGGUGUUAGCAAGUACGUGGUCAAAAAGGGCCGUCUGACUGUUCCCCCGGAGCGGAUUCUACGCGCUAGCGGAUUCCUCCCCACGCCGCCCCCGGAGAGCGAAGCCAAGACUGCACUAGCGGACAUCGACUUCUCGGUUGAGGCUUCCGGUGUUGACACUCCUGCUGGCAGUGAAGGCAUCACGGCUACGGGAGGCGUGGAUGGAUCUUUGGUCCAGGAGGUAUUGAAGAUGAACGAUGACGAGAUCCCCGGCCAGGAGACACUCGAUAAGCAGCAGAAGAAGAAUACUGACUCGUGGAAUGUUGAAGAGUGGACCUGGGAGCGCAUUGAACAGGAACGCGUGCGGGGACUGGAGGUUGUCGAUGGAUAUACCAAUAUGGAUGCCAAGCUGUUCGACGAAUGGAUGUAA